AUGGAUGAUGAUCAGCAAGGGGUACACUUCUGCCAAGAGUUAGUGGCUCAAGGAGUGCUUGAGGAGGAUCCUGAAGAAAACCCCGAAGGAGGCCCUGCCAUGGGAAAGGACGCUGAGGAGGCGCGCAAUGAACUCCACCUAUCGAAAUCCCCAUCAGAUCUACGCAUGGUUCAAAAAGGUGAUGCAUACCAUUUACGUUCUCUUGAGGAAGAAAUAACAAAUCUCAAGCAUCAAAUCUUUGCAGCCGAAGCAAGGGUUGUACGAGCCGAGAAAAGGGUAGAGGUAGUCACCCAAGAGGCAAAUGAACUGGAUAAACUUCUGAUACAUCAGCUCGACGAUUUAGUGCCAUCGUCAGCACUACCGAUGGGACUUGAUCUACUACUUGCUAUAUAG